CCGAAGCUGCUGCCAAUGCCCCAAGCAUCCACCAACACGAUCUAUUACUGGUACCAGGUACCAACACGAUGGCUCCAUGAACGCAUCAAUCCGUCCAAUUCGUCCAGGGAGACAAUGAUCACCAAUGGAAGCCUUUACCGCCCCUGAAGGACUGAAGGCCGCCUCAUCAAUUGCUACAUUUGAAAGCACCACAACCAGAAUUUUUCAACAAGACCUUCGAGCGCAGCUUUCCAGAUUGGUUGCGUCACGUCAGGUCCACCAUGAUAAUGCCGUAAACCAUUACAAUUCACCUGAGGUGGUCAAAGCACUGUCGUUGGGGUUUGAAUGGACCGUCCAGUGCAGCUAUCAUGACAAAAAUCAGGUUCAGGAUUCUGAUUUGGCAGCUUUGACCGAUCAAGAUCUUUCUGCGACACCCUUGAAUGAACUAAUGAAACUCCUUGCAGAUCCCUGCGUUAUACCCCUUGUGCUUUCUCCUUGCAUUCUGCAAACACUGGUCCAGGUAAUCUUGACAUUCAGACCAUCCAGUAACGCUACUAUGAGUUGCAAGAGGAGAAAAACAGCCGAACGUCCAGUCGCAUCCCAAAGGGCAAAUGAAAUCGAUCAUUGGAUAGAAGUGAAUGAAUACCUAUACUACCGAUCUCGCUGGUCGCCUUCGCAGCUGCUGUUGCUGCAAUCCGUGAUAAGAAUCAUGGUGGCAAGACAAUGCUGCGAUGACUUGGGAUCCAUCAUUCUGACUGUCUUUCAAGAACAGUGGAGUGGCCCUCCGCCACUGCAAGGUGCUCAGUCUCUGCUAUCAUUCAUAAAAUAUUGUGUCAAACAAUUGGAGGGAGUUGGGAGAAAGGGAUACUCUCCAGUUCCUUCCUUAUUCCCUUGCCUCUGGACUCUUGUUCAGACCAUCCUUUCGCCUGAAAAUAAUCUUAUUGUGCAAGACCGGAGCGACUGCAACAUCAUCAUGUGCUCAUCCUGUGGAAAGUACAUAGACUUUUCUUUCCUAACGGCAGCUCAAGGGAGACGGAAAAGACAACGCAUGGAUGUCUCAUCAUUGCAAGGUGAACAUCCUGGUGAUCCACUACUAGGCUUCGCAACUUCGCCACCUGCGCGAGUGUUGCAACACCGGGCGCGUCAGCCACUAGUGAGUUUGAAGUCCAUCAUGGAAGCAAGGGAAAGUAGCGACCCGUCCUGCCCGUAUUGUCAGUCGAAGAUUACUCUACCAGAUGCUACAGACACAAAAGAGACCAAGGAUUGGUGUCGACUUCGCGACAAAUCGAUCCAUACCAUGAUUCGAUGGUUUCAAUCAACGAUUCAAGCUUCAAAAUACAAGGCGUUUGGUGUACUGAGAGACACAUUGACAACGACAUCCGUUGAUAGUCCCUUCCUUAGGCUAUGCACCUUGCAGUUGGCAAAUAUAGCUGGAAGGGACGGCUAUGGGUACCUUCUCUUGUCGUUAUGGAAUCUUACCUGGCAACUCGCCAAUCCAAAGUUCUUGGCAUGGUAUGCAGAAGUCAUUGUCGAGUCGUCCUUUUGCGAUAACCGAGAAUCUUGUUGGGAUGCCAUGCAACCUCUGAUCAACAGCAUUCGGAGCAGAUACAUAACGGCAGAGGAUCCACAGGUUACAGGCAACAACGAUUUACCCAGCAAACUUUUGAUUCCUUGUCUGGAAUACAUCAUAGCACGAAGAAGGAAUAUCUUUCGGGUGGUCGAUGAUUCCAUAAAGGACGAGUUUCAUGCAUUCAUCCAAGCACUUUCCCCAUUUGUUGCUGACUCGACAGAUUCGAAUCAUUCUACCGCUGCUAAUCUUAAAUCAGACGACAAACCAGUAGUACACGCGCGAGAGAGUGAGGAUGAAGACACCACAUCCACCUCGGCGAGCAAAUCGGAACCUCGAUGGGUGGAUCCGGAGCCGCUGGAUCUACAUCUGGCUCUCCAAAGAGUGCGGUGGUCCCCAUAUGGUUAUGCAGAGAGCUGCAGGAUCCAUAAACUGGACCCCAAGCUCCUCUCAAAUCCAGACCACGACAAAGGGCUAGGCAUUGCAAAAGAAGCGGAUAACCAAUCACAGAGAAAGUGCCCACCAAUCAUGCAAUGUCUGAGUGAUGAUGUUAUGAGAACAGUGCUCUCUUUUCUUGGCUACAAGAAGCUGGUAAGAGUUCGCUAUGUCUCAAAAGCCUGGAAAGAGAUGGCGGAUGAUGAUCGAUAUUGGUUCCCGCUCUACCGUAGUAGAUUUGGGCUCCGUCACGAUGGCUCUCAUGGGUUGCGCGCAGACGGUUCGUUCGCAAGAGGACAAGAUCAAACCUGGAAGGAAUAUUUCAUGGAAAAGUGGAUUGCACAAAGAGAUAUUCGGCUCGACUACACUUGCAGAAGACAGGCGGUGUUCAAGCACCGUGUGUGCACUUACUUUGGAUGCUUUCGGGUCAUCAGGAGCCAACAACAACUAGCCCGACAUUACGAUUUGCACAGACGCAAACGGGAAAAAGCCCAAUCUGCAAUGAGGUGAGCUAGUACCUCCAAUUAUCUUCGCAAAGUCGAGUCAAAGCAGCAAUAAAGGCGGGUGCAUUAUAGUACUGGUUAGACAUUCGGC